AUGGUUUCCUCCCGGCCUGUACUAGUAGCCGCCAUAGACUUUGGGACAACAUACUCUAGUUGGGCUUUUUCUUUCCAACACGAGUAUGACAGUGACCCUACAAAGAUUUCUGCAAAACAAUGGAAGGGUCAUGAAUCACAAAAAGGUCCUACAUGCGCCUUAAUCAAACCCGAUGGAAAAACGCUACAUGCUUUUGGGUUUGACGCAGAGACGAAGUACUCUGACCUGCUUGAAGAGGACAAUGACGAGGGUUAUUAUUUCUUCAAGCGCUUCAAGAUGAGGCUUUGUGGGCAGGCAAGGCAAAUCAAAAUCCACAGAGACACCGAAAUAGAAGAUAUCCAGGGAAAAUCACUGCUUGCGAAAACAGUGUUUGCUCUUUCUAUAAAGUAUCUGAAAGACGAUCUCCUGGCAGUGACAAACGACCGCGUUUCGAGCAUGAUUAAAGAGAGUGAGAUACAUUGGGUUUUGACUGUUCCUGCAAUUUGGGACGACGGUGCCAAACAGUUUAUGAGGGAAGCGGCCAUAGAGGCUGGAAUUUUGGCCGAUAAACUGACCAUUGCACUUGAACCUGAGGCUGCCUCUUUAUUUUGUCGCCAUUUGUCUGUUGAAAAGAGUGGAAACCAGACGUCCUUGGCAAAGUUCACCACAGGGAAGAGAUACCUCGUUUUAGACGCUGGAGGUGGCACAAUUGACGUCACCGCUCACGAGGUAGUAGGUAAAGGACGGGUAAAGGAGCUAUACAAAGCAAGCGGUGGAGCAUGGGGAGGCACGAAGGUGGAUGAUGCAUUUCUUGAUUUCCUUACACUAGUUACAGGACCAGACGUCAUUGAUUCAUUCAAAAAAUCAAACUUGUACGAUUACAACGAUAUGAUGAAAAGAUUUGAGAUGAAGAAAAGAAGCAUCACACAUGAGAGUGAAUCGAAAGUAGUCAUGAGCCUUCCGCUGUCUUUGUUAACGACGGUGAAGCAAAAAACUGGCAAAGAGGUUGCCGAAACAGCGGCUUUGUCGAAAUUCGGAAAAGAGGUCAGUGUUGUUGGAGAUAAACUAAAGAUGACCGCAUCGAUUGCCCGAACAUUUUUUAAAACAUCAGUUACUACCACGGCUGAUCACGUUGCAGAUUUACUCAAAAAAGAUGCAAAUAAAGGUAUACAAGCUAUUCUAAUGGUCGGUGGAUUUUCAGAAUCUCCCUUGUUACAGCACACGAUUCAGAGUCGAUUUUCUUCGUUGAAAGUCAUCAUUCCGGAUGAGGCAGGACUUUCCAUUUUGAAAGGGGCUGUUAUCUUUGGCCAUAGCCCAAAUGCCAUCACAGAGAGGAUUAUUUUGUUAACUUCCGCCAUAGACUUUGGUACAACAUACUCUAGUUGGGCGUUUUCCUUCCAACACGAGUAUGACAGUGAUCCUACCAAGGUUUCUGCAAAACAAUGGAAGGGUGAGGAAUCAACGAAAGGUCCUACAUGCGCCUUAAUUAAACCCGAUGGAAAAACGCUGCAUGCUUUUGGGUUUGACGCAGAGACGAAGUACUCUGACCUGCUUGAAGAGGACAAUGACGAGGGAUAUUUUUUCUUCAAACGCUUCAAGAUGAGGCUUUUAGGGCAGACAAUCCACAGAGACACCGAAAUAGAAGAUAUCCAGGGAAAAUCACUGCUAGCAAAAACAGUGUUUGCUCUUUCUAUAAAGUAUCUGAAAGACGAUCUCCUGGCAGUGACAAACGACCGCGUUUUGGGCAUGAUAAAAGACAGUGAGAUACAUUGGGUUUUGACUGUUCCUGCAAUUUGGGACGACGGGGCCAAACAGUUUAUGAGGGAAGCGGCCAUAGAGGCUGGAAUUUUGGCUGAUAAACUAACAAUUGCACUUGAACCUGAGGCCGCCUCUUUAUUUUGUCGCCAUUUGUCCGUGGAAAAGAGUGGAAACCAGACGUCCUUGGCAAAGUUCACGGCAGGGAAGAGAUACCUCGUUUUAGACGCUGGAGGUGGCACAAUUGACGUCACCGCUCACGAGGUGGUAGGUCAAGGACGAGUUAAGGAGCUAUACAAAGCAAGCGGAGGCGCAUGGGGAGGCACGAAGGUGGAUGAUGCAUUUCUGGAUUUCCUUACACUUAUUACAGGAACAGACGUCAUUGAUUCAUUCAAGAAAUCAAACUUGUACGAUUACAACGAUAUGAUGAAAAGAUUUGAGGUGAAGAAAAGAAGUAUCACACAUGAGAGUGAAUCGAAAGUAGUCAUUAGACUUCCGCUGUCUUUAUUAACAACGGCGAAGCAAAAAACAGGCAAAGACGUUGUCGAAACAGCGGCUUUGUCGAAAUUCGGAAAUGAGGUCAGUGUUGUUGGAGAUAAACUAAAGAUGACCGCAUCGAUUGCUAGGACAUUUUUCCAAAAAUCAGUUUCUACCACGGCUGAUCACGUUGCAGAUUUACUCAAAAAAGAUGCAAAUAAAGGUAUACAAGCUAUUGUAAUGGUCGGUGGAUUUUCAGAAUCUCCCCUGUUACAGCACACGAUUCAGAGUCGAUUUUCUUCGUUGAAAGUCAUCAUUCCGGAUGAGGCAGGACUUUCCAUUCUGAAAGGGGCUGUUAUCUUUGGCCAUAGCCCAAAUGCGAUCACGGAAAGAAUUAGUAAAUAUACAUAUGGGGUAAAAACACGAUGCCUUUUUGAUGAAAGCAAACAUCCUAUGUCGAACAAAGUUAUUAGGAAAGACGGUGUUGUCCAAUGUAAGAGUGUAUUCAAUAAACAUGUCGAAGCGGGACAAUCAUUAAGAAUCGGUGACACUCAAGACGAACAAAAAUACCGUCCUACAAGUAGUGACCAAACAAGUAUUGACUUUUAUAUUUUUGCAACAAAGAAGACAAAUCCUGUGCUGGUAACCGAAAGCGGCUGCUUUCAAAUUGGAAAACUUUGUGUCCCGAUAUCAGGCACAGGGUGUGAUCGUGACGUUUACGUUCAAAUGAAAUUUGGAGGUACCGAAAUUGAGGUGACGGGCAAAGACAAGGCUACUGGAAAUGCAGUUGAAGUCAAAGUAGACUUUCUGUAA